AUGGCUGCAGUUAUCGCCGUCCCUGCCGGUCGCUCCCUCCGCCGCUCCGACAACGCAAAGUGGGUUGACCCCCUCCCCGAGAAGGGCAUCAUCGAGGUCAACCUCGACCAGGGCAUUGUCAACUUUGUCUGGCGCAACAAGGCCACCUCGUGCGCAGAGGACGAGCUCCUCAUCUUCCCGGGCGAGGCAUCCUUUGAACGCGUUGCUGCUGACCCAACCGGUCGCUCGUUUGCACUCAAGUUCAGCAGCUCGAACCAGGUGCACUUUUUCUGGCUGCAGAGCGGCACGCUCGCGGACGCCGAUGUGCGCGCCACUACCGACAUUGACGAGUUCCUCAAGGACCCCGAGUACGUCCCCGGCUCGGCGCCGAUCAACGACUCGCAUCGCGCCAAGCCGCGCGACACUCUCUCCACCGCGGCGGCCACCACGUCCUCGUCGCCUGCUCUGGCUUCCACCUCGGCCUCUACCUCUGGCCCGGCGGCUUCGGCCUCUACCUCGGCAACGGGCCAGGGGAAGAAGGACAGUGACAUGGCCCGCCUCCUCUUCCAGUGGGCCGAGAACAACCUCCCGAUCCCUGAGGACGAGGACGCGAGCCUAGGCGACAUCCUAACUCCCGAGACGGUCGACCGCCUUCUGGCCGAAAAGCCCGAGCUCGCGGGCCAGAUGGCCGCCAACAUGCCUCCCGACCUGAGCCUGCCGGGUGGCGAGAGCGCCGCUUCCGCCAGCGGGCUUAAGCGCGUUGUGGGCACGCCUCAGUUCCGCUCGGCUGUCAACGACCUCGAGAUGGCGCUGCGGAACGGUACCCUCCCCGAUAGCAUGAUGCCGUGGGUGCAGGGAGGAGGAGGGGCUUGGAACCUCCGCUCGUUCCUGGCUGCGCUGCGCGAGGUCAAGACUGAGCCGGCGGAGGCUAACAAGGACGACGAGAAGAUGGACACGGACGAGUAG